UUACGACAUGAUUUAUGAUCAGAGAAUAAAAACAUCACAAGCGAGUUGCUAACUAUUAAAUAUUAAGAAUUUUCGAUAUAGGCAUACCACAUAUUCACUUAUGAAGCGAGAGCAGAAAAUGUAUACAAGUUCCAAAAAAUUCAAACAUGUAGAUAAGUUAACUAAUAUAAAUAAUAAAAUGAACUUCUCCGGCCAACUGGCCGGGUAAAAAACUAGUUAUUAAUAUUGGGCAAUACAUUAUCAACGUUUAUGAAAUAGAUUAUUAUUGAUAUAUCACAUCAUUAUUAACGAUUUUAAUAUGCUUAUCAAUGCUUUACGAUGUCAUUGUUAACAUUUUUAGAUCAAUUUUAACGAUUUGUAUUUUUUUCAUCAACUCUUAUGAAGAAAUUAUUAAAUUUAUGUCACAUCAUCAUUAUCGGUUUGAAUAAAAUUAUCAUUGAUUAACAACAUCUUUAUUAACGAUACAUUUUCAUGUCAUGCCCUCUUAGAAAUUGCAAUGGCUUUUAAUGCCAUUAUUAACAUUUUAUGAUUUUCCAUUGGCAUUUUAAGAGAUCAUAAAAACACACACUUAUUUUGACAAUCUUCAACACUUUUGUGAUAUUGUAACUGUGAUUCAAACAAACAUUAUUUUAUGGAGGUGCAAAACAUUAGUCAAGCAAACCAACAUUCACACCCAACAACAAACCGUUAAUGACACUAACAAAUAAUUGGAAACAAAAUUGUACUUUGUUGAAAACAAGCACAAAACAUUUGUAAUGUUCGAACUCAAUACUAAGUAUUAAAAUAUCAUCCAAAACAUCAUAUGAAUGGUGUAUUUCGUUCAAACUAAAACAAAUAACGUUAACAAUGAUAGACUUCAACAUUAAAAAAUGACAUCAAGUCGUUAAUACUGGUAUUGGAAACUUUUUAAUAACGAAUGAGCAAGUCAUUGAUCAGAAAAUUGAAUUUCAUUGAAAACCAACACAAAAUCAUUAAUAAAUUCCAUAUUCAAUGUUAAGUGUCAAAUACCAUUUAAAAUGUUAAAAAAGUAUCAUAUUUGGUUCAAAACCAAAACAAAAACGUUAACAAUGAUUGGCUUCAACCGUUUGCAAAGAUCUACGAUCAAUUUUUAACUUUUUAUAUUUUCUUUCAUCAACACUUAGGAGGAAUUAUUAAAGUUAUUUCAAAUUGUUAUUAAUGAUUUUAGUAAUAUUAUCAUUGAUUUACAACAUCUUUAUUAAAUAUUUACGUUUUCAAGUCGUAUUCAUAACUAGUCAAUCAUGGCUUCUUACCAUGACUUCCAGUGACAUUAUUAAAAAAAAUUAUCAAUUGUUAUCGAUUCACAUUGUCGUUCUCCACGUUUAUGAAAUAUUUUCAUUGAUAUGUAACAUCAUUGUUAACGAUUUCAAUAUACUUAUAAAUACUUUAUGAUAACAUUAUUAACGACUUUUCAUCAUUUUUUUAACAUAAACCUCAUCGCAUGCACAACAACAUAUAAAUCGAUAAACAUAGAAACAUGAGAUAUACACAACAACAUAUAAAUCAAUAAAUAUAGGAAGAGGAAACAACAUAUAUACAAGUGAGGUUGUGGCUUGAACUGCCAUGGACAACAUAGAAAUAGGUAACCACGUCGUCCCUACGGAGUUCAUCAACCUACCUUUCUUCUCUUUGGCCAGUCUCUCAAGGACAGAGAUCGAUAGCAAGAUAUUGGAGUUGAGGUGUAAUUGCAUGAUGAAGAGCAGCAACUUAUCAUCGUCGGGGUUGUUUUGUAUCUCGAAGAUCAUGCUGGAUCUUGAGGUUGUCGGACUGCGGCGGUGGAAUAGGAGUGUUCUCGAGUCUCGACCAAAUCGGCGACGCUCGCUACGGAAUGGUAUUCAGUGAAAAUAAUACUAUACUAAAAUAACAAAGAUAUUUUGGGAAGGCAAGGCAUGCGCCAUUGGUUGUGAAAUUUAUUUAUUUAUCUUAAUUAAUUAUAGUAACCAUUAAUACCCUAAAACCCCUAACUUCAUAUUAACCACUAACUCCCUAUUAACUACUUCAAUUGUUAUUAGCUAAUAGGAACAACUUAAGAUAAUUCUUAAGUUCCUUAAGGACCUGAACUUAUCCCCUAAACGUAUUGGGUCAGAGUUAUCAGACGAGAGGCAGUUAAGGCCUAAGGGACAGAAUUAGUGCGGACUGCCGAGUAUAUGAGAGUGGUAAGAUGACAAUGAUUUGCAAAUUACUUGUUUUUUUCAUUUACUUGUUUCAAAUACUAACUCUUUUUUCUCUUCACAAACUCAAUACUAUCUAAUUAUUUUCAAAACAAUGCAUUCCAACUAUUUUUCAUUAAUACUUUUCAAUUAUUUAUCAUAAAAGAGCCGUUAUUAUUUUGAAACCCAAUUCAAAUAUACGUUAUGUUCGGUU